UUAUAGUAGUGGUGACAGUAGUAGUGGUAGUAGUAGUGAAGGUAGUAGAGGUUAUAGUAGCAGUAGCAGCAAUACAUUUCCAAUUCUAAAUUGGUGCAGCAUGAUGUCUUGCUUCCACAUUGGAUAAUAUCAUUUUAGAAAGGAAGAGAUCUUCUGGAUGGACUAUCAAUGGAUCGCAGGAUUUUUUCAUUCCCUGCUAAAGUGAUUACUCUGUUACACAAUCUGGGACUGGGCAGCUCUUUAUGAAUGAACCAAAAAAUACUUUCUGCUGACCGUUUGAAGGACAACUCUUUCUCUCUGCAUAUCGGAUCAAUUUCUCUAAACUCAACUGUGUCACUCUCUCUGGGGUGGACUUCUCUGGGACCACACACACGCACGCAUGCACGCACGCACGCACACACACACACACACACACACACACACACACACACACACACACACACACACACACACACACACACACACAUACACAGGACAUGAGUUCAUCGCCGUAUUUCCCAGCGCGAUCCGUGCUGUUCCGUAAGGAGGCCAAUGGAGUGACGUACCGUGUCCCUGCCCUGCUCUACCUGUCCCUGUCCAACUCCUUCCUGGCCUUUUGUGAGGAGAGACUCAGCCCCUCAGACGCCCAGGCUCACCUGCUGGUCAUGCGCAAGGGCACAUUCUACAGGAACUAUGUAGAGUGGGAGGACAUGAGUGUUCUGGGUACGGCUCAGUUGGCGGGCCACCGGUCGAUGAACCCGUGUCCUCUGUAUGACGAGUUCACAGGCACCCUCUUCCUGUUCUUCAUCGCUGUGCUGGGCCACACCUCCGAGUCCUACCAGCUGGUGACGGGUAAGAAUGUAACGCGCCUCUGCUUCAUCUCCAGUAACGACCAGGGCAACACCUGGAGCCCUGCCACUGACCUCACCAAGAGGGUCAUAGGAGACACCAUCAAAGACUGGGCAACCUUCGCCCUGGGCCCGGGACACGGCAUCCAGCUCAAGUCAGGCCGUCUGCUGGUGCCAGCGUACGCCUACCACAUCGACUGCAAGGAGUGCUUUGGCCAGAUGUGCCUGACCACACCCCACGCUUUCUGUUUCCAUAGCGACACCCACGGGCGGACGUGGCGUUUUGGGGAGGCGGUGCCAGGGCCAGAGAGCGUGGAGUGCCAGAUGGUGUCUGUGGAUCAGGAGGAUGGCACCAACGUGCUGUACUGUAACGCCCGGAGCCCUUUGGGCUGCAGGGUCCAGGCCCUCAGUCUGGAUGAUGGAGCUGUCUUCCAGGAUGGACAGCUGGUGCAGCGGCUCACAGAGCCACGUAAUGGCUGCCACGGUAGCGUAGUGGGGUUCCCUGCCCCACUACACCUCAACCUCCGCCCUCGGCCAUCCACCCACGCCAGACACUGGACAUCCUUCGAGGCUAAGACUGGUGACUCCUCCCCACCCACCGCCCCUCCCCCUCCCAGCUCCCCACAGAAUUUCCUUACACCCACCUGGGUGGUGUACUCCCACCCGACGUGGACCAACGUGAGGAAGGACCUGGGGGUGUACCUCAGCCUGUUCCCCCGUGACCCGGACAGCUGGUCUGGCCCGUGGGUGAUCUACGAGGGCCCCAGUGCCUACUCUGACCUGGCCUACCUGGAGCUGCCGUCAGCUGGGGCCCCGUCGGCCGUGGCCUUCGCCUGUCUGUUUGAGUGCGGCACCAGCACAGCUUAUGAUGAGAUCUCCUUCAGCAUCUUCACCCUCUACGAGCUCAUUGACAACCUGCCACGCAACACAAAGUCAGGCAGCGACACACAGCUCCUCAGCAACACACAGCCACCCAGCAACACACAGCCACCCAGCAACACACAGUCACCCAGCAACACACAGCCACCCAGCAACACACAGCCACCCAGCAACACACAGUCACCCAGCAACACACAGCCACCCAGCAACACACAGAGCUUCCACAACACAACACAACCCAAGGAAGAGAGACCAGAGGCGAGGAAGAGGAGGACGAGGAAUAUAUGUGGUCUUUGCAAUGUUUCCUAA